AUGGUGUUUUACCACGAAAAAGGCACGUCAGGUUCACCGACCAGUGGCCUAUCACAGCCGGUAGGUAGGGACAAUACCGACUCGGCCAGACCCGCACAGUCAUUCGGUACCCGACAGUCGAAAUCCAAUCCCGUUUCCGCCGAUCUGCCACUGUCGACGUCUCUCGAGUUGGACCGCCAAACCACAUCCAACCAUCACCGACUUGCACGUUGCCCGGCAGAACGAUACCAGGCCGACGAUUGCGACACUCGAAACACACAAUUGUCGGUCGGGCUAUCUCAGUUCGCAGAUUGUGGUGUUGCUGCACAUUCAACCUCCCAGGUUGCCAUUACAAUUACCACCACCAUCUUGAAAGCCAAGGCAGUCUUCGAACGUGCGCCUCAUAGACAACGAAUUGCAUUGGACGAGACCAUCGCACCAAUCCGACAGAACACCAGGCCACCAGCCCGACUUACAGACAUCUCUACUACCUUGCCAAAGAUACUGGUACUGAUGACUGGCACUCUCCUUUGCGAACUUCGAUAA